CCAACACUGAAGGUUCUAUGUUAAACAGAGAUUUUGGUACUGACUCAGUUGAGUCCACGGACAACUCGCUGCUUGCCUUGGAGCAACGUGUCGAAGAGGCUUGUGCUUUGGUCGAAAGAGUUCUUAGAGAAAGAGAGGAACGGGAACAGUUUGGAAGGGAAAUAGAAAGGAAAGAACGAGAAAUAAGAGAACAGAGAGCUCGAAAGAAAAGAGAAAGGGAAGCAAGGGAGCAGGAGGAAGCUAACAGGUGGCCACAACAACAGGAGGCCAUCACUGGCCGCUCAAAGUGGUCGUGUGAACAUUACCAGAGGCACUGUAGAGUGCGAUUCCCUUGUUGCAGCCACUUCUAUUCAUGUCACCGCUGCCAUAAUAACUCUAAAGCAUGUGACAAUGAAGAGGCUAAGGCCGCCCAUGCGACUCACCUCAAGUGCUCAUUCUGUCAACACGAACAGGAGAUUGGUGAAGACAGUGGAAAAUGUCGCAGCUGUGGAGCUCAGAUGUCUGCGUAUUUCUGCUCAAUCUGUAAACAUUUCACAAGUGUUGAUAAGAAUCCUUACCACUGUGAAAAAUGCGGAAUAUGUCGAAUCCACAAGGAUAAAUCAUUCCACUGUGAGGUGUGUAAUGUCUGCCUGGACAAACGUCUUGAAGGAAAACAUAAGUGCAGAGAGAAUUCUGGGCACGAUGAAUGUUGUAUCUGCCUGGAGGAUGCAUUCAGUGGUUGCCAAAUCUUACCGUGUUCGCAUAAAGUACAUCGGGAAUGCGCCAUCGCUAUGAUACAGAACGGAAUUCGCACUUGCCCAGUAUGUCGACACCCGCUAUACAGCCAAGCCUCAGAGUGAUCAUUUCGUCGAUGUUUGGUUGAGAAAUGCCAUUACCAGUCGUACAUGUACCUUCUUGGUCUCCAAACACAGCUACUUCUUGUUGUCAGACUAUUUGACUUCGCAGUUAUUAACCAAAGAGAAUGUUAUUAUGGUGCAAAUGAAGUCUGCACAGUAGAUUUCUUCAUAUGGACAAAUUGAAGCAUACACUUGAAUGGUAAAGCAUAUGUACGUAGUCUUCUCAUAAGGACGAAAUUAUGGGGAUGUCAGCGCACUUUUUCAACGAGCGCCCGCGUCAGAGAAACACCCGUUGAAGGUGUGUCUUGUAAUACGCGAACCUCUUAAAUAAGUGCGUUGUUGUUGUAUUGUAUGUGCCUCCCGAAUGUAAGUUAGGCUUUGUAUUGAAAACGGUUCUAUUUUCAAGAGCUAAUUGUCACUAUUCGAGACGAAGCCAAAUUCUUGUUUCUAGUUGAGGCAAAAUAUUUUGAAUGAUCACAUUGUCUUGAGCUCACAAAAUUUAAUUUUAUUUAAUUUAGUUAUAUAUUUAGCAGGCUAGGCGUGAGCCGGGUUGAGUCCAUACCGUAUCGAUAAGAGACUGGAUUUUUCAAUUCCUUAGCAAAAGAAUGACAAGGGUAACAUAGUUGUUAAUGUUUAGACGGUAAGUGUGAUCUUGCUCGCUUACCCAAUAAGCCAGAAGUCUUUCAAAACAAAUAAUCUUGUUGGCAAUGAGCUCCCUUUAUUCCUACGUUAAGAGUUGUGCGGGGAGAACAUUUUUCAGUUAAAAAAGCUGAAAAUAUGAUCUAUUUCAUGUUUUAAUAUUAAUUGAAAUGUUGUUGAUAUUAUGUUAUUACAAGAAAAUUACAUAGUGUAGCAUAAUUUGAAAAUUUGAACAAUUCAGUCGAGUUACUGAUUUUGAAAUCUCCCCGUUUCCUCUUGAAGUUUAUUAUUAUUUAUUGUAUUUUUGUAUGUUUAGCAUUUCUCAAUGUAUUUAUUACUAUUGUAGUAUUUCAAUUUGUAUUUUGAUAGUUUUCCAAAUGUAUUUUUCGUUUAUAUUGUAGCUGAAAAAUCCACUUAGGGAGCUUCAAUAAAGUUUGUAUCACAGGCAGACCACUCUGUGUUGUGGUUAAUAAUUAUUUAUAUGAAACGAGCAGAAUCUAUGAGGGUUAUGAAUAAAGCUCUGAAAAUUUCAUA